AUCUUUUCUCUGGCUUGCGGCGGCCACCAUACAGCAGCAGUGGGCGAGCAGUGCCAGGUGAUGACCUGGGGAGGAGGAGCUUUCGGCAAGCUGGGCCAUGGGAAUCGCCUCGCCCAAACCACCCCCAAGGUGGUCAUCGCGCUGCAAGGCAAGCGCGUGGUACAAGUCGCACUAGGACCUCAUCAUUCAGCUGCCUUGACCCAACGAGGUGAAGUCUUCACUUGGGGCCAGGCUGGUCGCCUCGGACAUGCUUCACAGGGAGCCGAGGUUGAUGAGAUGCUGCCUCGUCCCGUGGCUGCAUUGUCCCACGUGGCCGUCGCGCAGAUCUCCUGUGGCCACAGCCACUGUGCAGUGGUCACGGAGACCGGAGACGUUUGGGCGUGGGGGAGUGCCAGGACUUACGGCCACACAGAGCAGGGCGCCUAUCCCAAUGUUCCCACCAUGAUCAAGGCGUCGACUCUGCACAAUUCCAAGAUGUGGAAUCAGAACAGAAUAGGAUUCAACCACGCCUCUGGGCCCAAGCCGGACAGCACUGCUUCUAGUUUUUUUGGCGAUCCCACAAUGGACGUGGAUUACGAUGACGAGGUUGCCGAGGAGGGUGCACGCCCUGCCGGGCGACGCAUGAAGGGCCGCGGCGGUGAGGAGGACGAUCGUUAUGCGGGCAAGGCCGGAAAGUUCGAGAGGCUAGACGAUGACGAUGACGAGACAGGGGCCGCGCGAUCCAUCGAGGGCUGGGUCGUAAUUGUUUCUGGCGUCCACGAGGAGGCACAGGAAGACGAUAUAUUCGAAGCCUUUUCGGAGUACGGAGACAUCAAAAACUUGCACCUCAACCUGGAUCGCCGCACCGGUUUCGUCAAGGGCUACGCCUUCAUUGAAUACGAGAACAAGCAAGAAGCAGAUGCAGCCAUCAAGGCCAUGGAUGGCAACACGCUCUUGGACCACAAGCUAGACGUUAGCUGGGCCUUUGCCAAGCCGGGCAGCAAGAAGAAGCGCCGAUGA